AUGCCGGAAUACAACGCAUUGCUCUCUAUCAAAGCCGCCAUUAACGACGACACACAAUCCGCUUUGGCCUCCUGGGAUGCCUCAACCGGUUACUGCGCUUGGCGGGGCGUCACGUGCGAUCCUUCCCGGCGUCACGUGACUGCACUGGACAUCUCCAAUCUCGGUCUCUCCGGUACCCUCUCCUCCGACGUCGGCCACCUCCGGUAUCUUCGAAAUCUCUCUGUCGCUGCCAAUAGUUUCUCUGGUCCCAUCCCUGUUGAAAUCUCCCAUAGCCCAAACCUGCGUUAUCUUAAUCUCUCCAACAAUGGUUUCAACUCAAGCUUUCCGAUCCAGCUUUCCCGCCUCAAAAAUCUCCAAGUUCUCGACCUUUAUAACAAUAAUAUGACUGGUGAGUUUCCAGCACAACUGUCUUUACUCAUUACUCUUCGUCAUUUAAAUUUCGGGGGAAAUUUUUUCACCGGUCAGAUUCCGCCGGCGAUCGGCACCUUCUCCAACCUUGAAUACCUCUCGGUUUCGGGUAACGAGCUCACCGGGUAUAUUCCCGGGGAGAUAGGAAACUUGACUGAACUCAAGGAACUCUAUAUUGGCUACUUCAACAACUUUUCUGGUGGUAUACCUAAGGAGAUUGGAAACUUAUCGGAGUUGAUAAGGUUUGACGCUGCAAGUUGUGGACUCUCCGGGGAGAUACCGGUAGAACUCAGCAAGUUGCAGAAUCUGGAUACUCUCUUUCUUCAAGUGAACGGCCUUUCUGGUUCCUUGACUAAGGAGCUAGGGAAGUUAAGGAGCUUAAAAUCAAUGGAUUUGUCUAACAAUAUGCUUUCUGGUGAAAUACCACCCAGUUUUGCCGAGCUCAGAAAUCUGACUCUGCUAAAUCUUUUCAGGAACAAGCUUACAGGAUCCAUACCCGAUUUUAUUGGGGAGUUACCUGAGUUGGAGGUUUUACAGUUGUGGGAAAACAACUUUACAGGAAGCGUUCCACAGAACCUGGGGACUAAUGGGAAUCUGAAGGAAGUAGACGUUAGCUCCAACAAAUUGACCGGAAUCCUGCCGCCCAAUCUUUGUAAUGGUAAUAAGCUUCAGAAGAUAAUCACUCUAGGAAAUUUUCUGUUUGGUCCGAUCCCGGAAUCCCUAGGUCAGUGCGAGUCACUGAGUCGAGUACGGAUGGGUGACAACUAUCUGAACGGUUCGAUUCCAAAAGGACUCUUUAGCUUGCCUAAGUUAACCCAACUCGAGCUCCAAGAUAAUCUUCUCUCUGGUACUUUUCCAGGGACAGAAAAAUUGUCUAAGAGUCUGGGGCUGAUUUGUCUUUCUAACAAUCAUCUCAACGGGCAAUUGCCCUCAAGUAUUGGGAAUUUUGCCGGUGUUCAGAAGUUAUUGCUGGAUGGGAACAAAUUUUCAGGCUCGAUUCCAUCUGAAAUUGGGAAUUUACAGCAGCUAUCAAAGAUGGAUUUGAGCAAUAACAAUUUUUCUGGCCCCAUUUUGCCGGAGAUCAGCAAGUGUAAGCUGUUGACAUAUGUUGAUCUCAGUCGGAAUCAAUUUUCAAGUGAGAUUCCAACAGAGAUCACUGGUAUGAGGAUUUUAAACUAUUUGAAUUUGUCAAGAAAUCAUUUGGCUGGGAGCAUUCCAGCUUCGAUAGCUAGUAUGCAGAGUUUAACUUCUGUUGAUUUUUCGUAUAACAAUUUGUCGGGGUUGGUUCCCAGCACUGGACAGUUCAGUUAUUUCAAUUACACUUCGUUCUUGGGGAAUCCCAAUCUUUGUGGCCCGUAUUUGUGGCCUUGCAAAGAAGGCAACAUUGGAGUCCAAAGGCCACCUAAGAAAGGGACUCUCUCUCCUUCCAUGAAGCUUGUGCUUGUGCUUGGAUUGCUUGUAUUUUCCAUUGCAUUCGCAGUGGUAGCAAUUAUUAAGGCCCGUUCAUUGAAAAAGACAACUGAAGCUCGUGCCUGGAAGCUUACUUCUUUCCAGCGCUUGGAUUUUACAUGCAAUGAUAUUUUGGAUUGUUUAAAGGAAGAUAAUAUUAUUGGGAAAGGAGGUGCUGGUAUUGUUUAUAAGGGAGCGAUGCCUAAUGGUGAGCAGGUUGCUGUUAAAAGGUUAGCCUCAAUGAGUCGAGCUCAUGUAGCUGAUUUCGGACUAGCCAAAUUCUUGCAAGAUUCUGGAGCAUCGGAGUCCAUGUCAGCCAUAGCUGGUUCUUAUGGGUAUAUCGCUCCAGAGUAUGCCUACACGCUCAAGGUGGAUGAGAAGAGUGAUGUGUACAGCUUCGGUGUAGUUCUUUUAGAACUUGUAACUGGAAAGAAACCUGUUGGGGAGUUCGGGGAUGGUAUUGACAUAGUCCAAUGGGUUAAGAAAAUGACAGAUGGGAAGAAGGAUGAGGUGCUCAAAAUCCUCGAUUCAAGAUUACCUACAGUUCCUCUCCAUGAGGUGAUGCAUGUAUUCUAUGUUGCAAUGCUGUGUGUUGAGGAACAAGCUCUGGACCGCCCCACCAUGCGUGAGGUGGUGCAAUUACUUACCGAGCUUCCAAAGCCAGCAAGCUCCAAUUCAGGUGAUUCAACAGUCUCGGAAUCCCCUGCUACAUCGAAUUUAGCAUCUCCAGCCACACCUCCAACAAAGAACUCGGAGGACCACCAGCCAGAGUCACCAGAUCUUCUUAGCAUUUAA